UAGCCAGAUCAGGUGCACUUUAUAAUAAUUCCAUUAGCAGCCUGUUACCCCGUAUUGGUUACCCUCCCACCUUGUGAUGUCUCUAAGACGGUUGGAUUAAAGUCUAUAAGAUUGUUAUUGGUUGUUUUUUUUUUUUUUUUUUAAUUAUAGCGUAUCCACGCAAUUAUUAUAUGAUUGGAUAGGUUAUAAGAAGUAGGCCUACUUUGCCUCUUGUAUGUGUAUCCCUGAUGAAGCCACCUUGUGUUGUGUCGGUUUUAUCAACAAAUUCUUCAUUUUUAUUCUUCACCUGAGUGCGCAGGAAACCCUAUUUUUCCCCUGGUGUCAAGAUCGUAGUCCAUUUAACUGUAUUUGCUUCUCAUUUUCGAAAUAGUAAGGUAUAAAAAUGAUACUGAAAGCUGAUGAUGGACAUAGAUUAGUUGGCACAAACAGCAUGAUUGACACUUUUUUUUUUUUUGCAACCUACAAUACAGAACUUAAAUAAUACUCUAUCUGUUGUGUUCUUUCAGGUGGUAAUAGAUGCUAUUUUUAGGGUGUGCUUAUUGACUUCCAAGCCAUUUUAUCUGCUCUUGACAAAGCGCACCGUCUGCUGAGACACUGACUCAUAUCCCUUCUCUAGCAUUCAGCACGAGGAGUCGGGUAGUGGCUCCACAAGGGCAUACAGAUCAGUUUCUUCGCUGGGAAGUGCUUAUUGCUCGCAAUAAAAUAUUUCGAUCCUUUUACCAGUUGGGUGUGUCCUUAAUAGCAACUAAUUUUGCGCUUAAAAUAUUGUUUUUUGUUCGCUUUGUCAUUAUUAUUUUCUUUGCGUAUCGUUGCCGACGGAAACAGCUACCAAUAAUUAAUAAGAUGAGCUUUAAUGUUAAGUAUAAGUUGUGGAUCGCAUUGUGCAAGACCCUCUCAGCUCUUCUUGUCUUGUAAUUUUCCACAUUUAAAGAACGCAGUGAUAAUUGGCCAUGAUUUACCGAUACCAAAUACCUAGACGGCUACGGGAAGAUACGUGAACAAAAAAAGAAUUUAAGUGCAAAAUCAUCUCAGCAAAUCACAAUGCUGCGUCACUGCUCAUGUGUCUCUUGCGAAAAUCAUGCCUUGGGUUUCAUCGGCAACAUUUCUGAUCCACAACAUUUUCAUGUUAAUUGGUUUCCGAAACUUAUUUCGUAGAUUUGCAUUGCAUAUAUGUAUAUUGUCAUGCAUAGUGUAUUUCUGAGCAUGUCAAUAAAUAGAUUUGCCUCUCUCGUGGAUGUACCACGUGCAUUCAGUUAGGACCGUAAGUGUUUUCAAACUCAUGCUGAUAGGCUAUUUUAUACGUUGUUUUUAAAUGUUAUGUUUAAACAAUAUUUUCCUGUUACUGGUGCAAUAUGAAAAUUUAUGAUAUGCAUAAUAUGGCUUCUACUGAAAUGUAAGUAAAUGCAACAUUUGAUAGUUGCAUGGGGUCUGCGAAAUUACUGGUUAAAUAAAUAAGCAGCUGUGCGUUUCAGUUUGAAACGAGACUCAUUUUCCCUACAGUUAUAUUGUUUCAGUAAGACUUCCGUACGUGCGAGUAAUUGCAGUAUACUGUAGCGCACAGGGCCACCGAGUGGUAGAAAUGUAUAACACAUGCUCCUUCCCGAUAUUCCAUGAAGACGUACAAGCGGUAUAAAUAUCGAGAUGCUGGGUAUAUACAGAGAGAGAGAGAGGCUGGUGGUUUCUUUAACUUCCUGGACUUGAGCCUAAACGCCACCUAAGAGAUUUAGACGCAGCACAAUCUACAGAACGAUUCCGUUGCAUCUGGGAAAACAGUUUAUGUAUGAUUUUACAAAUAAAAAUAUGGAGUAGAUUUUUUUCUCAGCGAAUUUGCAGCUCUUCUCUGUGAUUAAGCCUGGUGGACAAAGGGAGACACUCCUGUAUUAACGAAAUUGACUCGUCGAUUGACAACCCAAGAUGUAAACGUCAAUGUCUUUAAAAUCAAGCAAAGUAUAAAACGCAUGCAAAUACUCACCAAUGAUAACGAGUGGGUGACAAGUAGCGGCUAAAGUGCCUUUUUCAAAUAGAGAGACCACCGACAUACAACAUAGCGAGAUGGAGAGUCUUUUCAAGGAGCAAGAUUUUUGGGGAAUGAAUUUGUCCUGGAGGAAUACGAGUCUCGGCAACGAAACUGAAGGAGCAAACCAGACGGUGAACCCCUUGAAGCGGAACGAAGAAGUGGCCAAAGUGGAAGUGACUGUACUUGUCCUGGUCUUAUUGCUUGCCCUUGCUGGAAACCUGUGCGUCCUGCUAGCCAUUCAUACGGCCAAGCACAGCCAUUCUCGUAUGUACUAUUUUAUGAAACAUCUCAGUAUUGCGGAUCUAGUGGUGGCGAUCUUUCAGGUCCUGCCUCAACUAAUUUGGGACAUUACGUUUCGAUUUUACGGGCCCGAUUUUUUGUGCAGGCUGGUGAAAUACCUGCAGGUCGUCGGAAUGUUUGCCUCCACAUAUAUGCUUGUUUUGAUGUCCAUUGACAGAUGCUUAGCGAUAUGCCAGCCACUGCGCUCUUUACACCGAAAAAAAGACCGUUUCUACGUAAUUGUUUCUUGGAUGCUUAGCCUAUUGUUCAGCAUCCCACAAGUGUAUAUCUUCUCCCUGAAAGAAGUGGGAAACGGAGUCUAUGACUGCUGGGGAGACUUCGUGCAGCCUUGGGGUGCCAAAGCGUACGUGACGUGGAUUACUCUGACCAUCUAUAUCAUACCUGUUGCCAUUCUAAGUAUUUGCUACGGACUUAUAAGUUUUAAAAUAUGGCAAAACUUUAAACUGAAAACAAGGAGGGACCAAUGUAUAACUCUUACCCCGAAGCCAUGCAAAGGUGCUGCGCUUUCUCGCGUGAGCAGCGUAAGGCUAAUUUCCAAAGCAAAGAUCAGGACGGUUAAAAUGACUUUUGUCAUAGUCGUUGCAUAUAUCGUGUGCUGGACGCCCUUUUUCUCCGUACAGAUGUGGUCGGCUUGGGACCCAGCGGCGCCCAGAGAAGCAAUGGCCUUCAUCAUUGCAAUGCUGCUGGCCAGUCUGAACAGCUGCUGCAACCCCUGGAUCUACAUGUUCUUUGCGGGGCACCUGUUCCAUGACCUCAUGCAGCGUUUUGUCUGCUGCUCUACACGCUACCUGAAGUCUUCUCAGUCCAAGUGUGAGCGCCAGUCCAGCCGCAAGAGCAACUCCUCCACCUAUGUCAUCAAGAGCACCAGCAGCCAAAAGAGCAUCACACAGACCUCCACCACGUGAGGUCAGCCGGGCUCACUAAAGACUAUUGCACUUCUUUUGAUAUAUUUCUUCACAAAUAGUAGAAUUGAACAUAAAUUACAAAUGACAUGUUGUGUGUAUAUAUAUAUAUAUAUAUAUAUAUAUGCCAUUUCAUGUGAUGCAUACAUAAAUAGCAUUUUUUCCUUUUACCUACUGUAAUAAUGUGAUGUAAAGCAGAUUGAUGAUUUUUACAGUUUCAUGUAUAUAGAUUUCUUAAUAUUUCAAACAGUGGAGUAGCAUUGCAAAGGUGCUAUGAAUGCUCAUGAGAUUUGAGUUGACAGAAUGGCAAUGCUGAGUGUGCAUAGAGCUGGGUCUUAAUACUUCUUAUCAGAGCACCCUGCUUCACAGUUCAUACAUCAUGUGAUUUGUAAUUACCUUGUCCAAUGUACAGGGUUUAUUACCCUGCGUGCGCAAGGACACCAUACUAAGUAGUAUUGCUCAACAGAAAAUGUGGAUAAAGCUCUUGAUUUGAUUGUAAUUUAUGUGUGUCCCUAUUGUGCACAUGCAAUUUCUCAUUCCUAAUUACCCGAGUGUUCUUCUUUCUUUAAAUUCUUGCAUUGCAGUACAUAAGACAAUUUUAAUGCUUGCGCAUGCGAAAUAAAUCUGCUCUACAAAGUACUGGUAAAAUAUUUUUAUACAAACGAACAUUUCGCUGAUUUGUGUAGACAACCAAAACCCUUGCCCUAUUCGUCUCACUUGGAAGGGAUUUACAGGCCCUUGGAUUUGUUUGCUUUUAAAAUACCAAUUGUAAUGCAAUUUAGGUGAAAUAUGUCUAUCUGUUUCCGCUUUCUCGACACUGAACAGAUUCCCUGUGGUUUAGCCUUUCACUUCCAGAAUGAAAUUCCACAAUGACAUUAUCGCAGCCAGCCAUGCAUGUAGAUGCGUAAGAAGAACUUUUCAGCCGCAGUAGAUUUAUUAAGAGAUAAUGAUCAUGCGUUUAUAUACUUUUCCCCCAGUGGAUUCUCUUUGAACAGAACAGCAUCUUUGGGGUAUUCCCAUGGCCUAAAUUAAAUUACCGCAAAGGUAAACAUUUCGCAGUUGUUUUUAGAAUGGAAUUUACUUUUAACUCUGUAAUCCAUUUAAAUGAAUUAUUUUGUUUGAUGAUUGUAAUACCUGGCAACUUUAAGAAUUAUGGCUAUUUUGCUGAUUUUGUUGUGGUUUGUAUUGUAUCUGUGCAGGUAACUCAGUUCUGUAAAUAAAUAUCUUUUUCAUUUACUGGGAUAUAUUUCACAUGAAAUUUAAGACCUAUUUAUUAAAAUGAAUUGUGUUCUCUGAA